GUGGUGCUUGAUUGGCUUUUCCAUCUGAUUUUUUUGCCUAUUAAAAAACUUUUCUUCACGGAGAGAGAAUCACGUUGCUUUCUCCCCGGCCUCGCUUUUUGUUCUCCUCUUCUCCAUCUCACGUUGUGGCAUUGGGUCGCGCCUCAACCACCAGUAUCUUUCGGUAAGAAUAUCUAUGACCUAGUUCGCCCGCCGACAUCCAUCCAUCCACAAUGCCUUCCACGAGAAAGAAAAAGGACACACACGAGCCGGUGAUUAUGCUGUCGUAUAAAGAUCUUGUACGACGCAUCGGGGGUAAACCUCCGCAGCAAGUUAAGAAAGGAGACCCUGAGUGGGAAGACAGCAUCAAGUGUAUAAAGGCAUAUCAUUCCCAAGCCACUGUUUUAUCUCGGGCCGACCAGGAGGGAAUGCGAUUUAUGAUAAAACGCCUCCAAUACGUUAUACCUCCAGAGGCGGAAAAGAAUUCAUUGCUACACCCCCUUAUGAGAGCCGAACAUUGUAGCCUGAAACUAAACAUAUCUCCGUCGUGGCCCAUUUUCAUCAUCCUCAAGACGUUAUACGGCACUGCCCUGCCCGAGGUUUAUCUGGCAACUAUCCGCACGGCCUUCCAAACGACAGACCUCAACGACCAUACACAUGAGUAUUUCACGAUUGACGGUGCAGAGCCUGCCGAACCUGCUGCUCCUGAGGAGGAUCACCCGACGUCCAUGAGUGAUAAAGCUGAAAUCUCCAAAAAGACAAAGAAACGCAUACAAAGGUGACAGGCGCUGAAUGCCUCUCUUUGCCUGUCGCCGAAACUAACAACGAGGAUCGCCUUGAUCCUAUGGCUGUACAGGUGCAACUGGCGAACGCUGUCUCUGAACGACAGAUUGCUGAAGGAGUUGGUUGUGGGUGCACGAUUGGAAAUCUCCGGCAGAUGAUCGACAAGAAGCUUGAAGCGAUGCAA